UCCUCUUUAUCUGCUUGUUUAGCCCCACACACUCUGUUUCCGAGCUUUUCUCCUUAUUUUUGUCUCAAUUCUCACUCUUCAUCUUUUAGUAAUUAUUGAUAUCGUUUAAUAAAUUAGUAAAUUUAUAUCAAAUUGCUCGUGUAACUCAAUAAGAAGCCAAGAAAAAAAUUAAAUGCAAAUUCAGCAGUGGUAAGUUCCCCUUUCUUUUAGUAGUAAUAGUAGGCCUACUCUUUUUCUCUUCUACUUUUCGCGGGAGUUUGGUGGUCGCCACUGCACAUGACAGGCAGUCCUACUUCUUUCUCUCUGUUCUCCCCGUCUGUCUUUUUACUGUUUCCCCAGCUCUUUAAUUGACAUUAUUUUGUAGAUGUGCUUGUCAUUACUAAAACAAGUCUUAAACUUUUCAUUCAUUAUCAUCAAUGCCUUUCACCCCUGGCAGGGUAUAGACCGAUGAUAAGCUUUCAUUUACAUGUAUCUCUGUCCAGGGCCAUUUUUCCAAGCUCGUUCCAAUUGAGCUUCAUCUCUCUCUUGUCCCUUUUCCACACAUCUCCAUGUUUCCCGUAGCCUACCCCUGCCUCGUGCUCCCUGUGGGUUCCACUACAGUGACAAAACAAACCUUUCAUCGCACGUUCGAUAAAUAUGACACACACGUAAGCGCGAACAUGCUGUACGUACGGUGAUAAAACCAGUGACUCAUUCAUUCUUUCUGGGUGGAGGUCUGAUUAUCGCAAUUUCGUGGAAGUAAUGCCACAUUAAACACACAGCUUCUGUGAAUUUGGGGUCACUUAAAUAACUAAAAUAACUUAUCGUGAAAUUCAAUUAGAUCUAAAUAAACUCACUUUUUGUACCUUCUCCAAAUGUUCAGACAGCUGUAGGCCUAGCCUGGCUUACAAGUACUACCCACCCAUGAGCCAGAGGAAAAACAGUCUAAAAUAAUACUAAUUCUAGAUCUAAGAAUACAUGUAUUUUCUUUAUUCUCUAUUCGAGGAGGAAAAACCGUGACUAGCCCCGUUGACUGACAUACUUUUACUUCUUUGUAGAACUCGACUGAUAAUGACCAGUGACAAAUCAAUAACUAUCGACAGUUUCAGUCCAAUCCAAAUAGGCCGUUUGAGUAUAAUUUAUAACGGAGUCUUGUUACAAUAAAUGUAAAUGAUAAUAAAUCUAGUUGAUCAAUCCUUCAGGGCCACAGUAUAGACACAUGGACGAGAGUCAAAUAUAAGGAGGCCAAAUAUAAUCCUUCAUUGUGGCGAACUCGUCCUCCCCCCUCCCCACCUCUCACUUCCGUAGUCAUACCCGCAUUUCGUUCACAUUCCCCUCCCUCCCUGUAAAAAGCUAGGUUAAGUUACCCACUCAUUCAACUCAUUUGCCCGUUUCCAGGUUCUCACACCUGCGCUUGUCAUCAACUGAGGAGAGGCUCACCACAGCCAGUUCUUUGUGAUUGUGCGCUCUUUAUGUUUUGAUCAACUCGGCACUCUGACACGGAACUUGUGACCUUGAACAAAAUGCUGGGAAUUUGUCUCUGGCCCAGGGUAGAUCUCGCAGGCAAAAAGUGGACAAGAAAGGACGAUUGUCAGCAUUUGAAAAACUAAGAAAGGCCAAAGAGGGAGGAGUGAAGAAUAAAUAUGAGAUUGAAGAAGAGCAAAAUGUGUACGACGUUGUUGAGGAAGGGGAAUAUUCUGAGUUGGUCAAACAGAGACAAGAUGAUGACUGGAUUGUGGAUGAUGAUGGUGCCGGGUAUGUUGAAGAUGGUCGGGAGAUAUUUGACGACGAUAUGGAUGAGGAUGCCCCGUCCGGUUCUGUUUCAAAGAAAAAAGGAGAAAAGAAAAGGAAUAAGAACAUUGUUCGUCCCGGCACAAAGCCAAAACAAGACAUCAAGUCCAUGUUUGCGGCAGCUGCUGCUACGGGAGGCGCCAAGAAAAAGUCAGAGAAAGACGUCAGUUUGGCCAAUGAUGACAUUCUGGACGGUCUGAUGGGAGAGUUGAACUCUUCUGCUCCCUCAGGGAAGCCGACGGUCAAGUUGGGAGCCCCCUCUCAGAAGCAGAAAAAGCCUGCGGCGUACAACCCAUUCAAAGUGGAGACCAAACUGCCAGCUCGACCCAAAGCCAACAAAACUCCUCAGGGGAAAAGCAUCAAGCGAGAGCUCUCCUACUCCAGCAGUCCUUCAGUAGCUCCUCUGGACAGCAAAACUGACCGAUCUACGAAAUCUGGGGCUGAGACUCAGGUCACUGUGAAAGAGGAGCCGGAAGAUGAAGUGAUGCAGGAUGAUGAUGAUGACGAUGUUCUUCAGGCAGCGGACGAGUCUGUUGUGGAAGAAGACAUGGAUGCAGGUGUGGGGGCAGAUUCUGUGGAUCUGUCUGGCAUCGAUUUUGAUGAAGAGGUGGAGGAGGUGCAGAAACCAUCAGCCAAACCUGCCUCCGUGUCAGAAAGAGCGACCAAACCUCUGAUCAGUGAUGAGAUGCUCUCUGUGGGCUGGGAAAACGUCAGCGAGGAGACGGCGGACGGUCAAGCCGGGCCUGGCACCGGCGUCACUGUUGACUCGUCCAGUCUGCCCAUGGUCACCAACAGCGCCGGGGAGUCUGUCAUUCGCUUCUACUGGUUUGACGCUUAUGAGGACUCGUACAACCAGCCAGGUGUGGUGUAUCUGUUUGGCAAAGUGUACGUGGAGUCGGCCCAGACCUACGUCAGUUGCUGUGUGACGGUGAAGAACAUCGAGCGAAGACUCUACCUCCUGCCGCGCCUUAAGAGAAUGAAUCUGAAACACAACGUGGAGCUGGAAGAAGAUGUGACCAUGCCGAUGGUCUACGAGGAGUUUGACAAGGUAGCGGAGAAGAACAGGAUUUUAAAGUUCAAGUCCAUGAAAGUCAAGCGGUUCUACGCCUUUGACAAGCUGGACGUUCCUGUGGAGGCGGAGUACUUGGAAGUGCGCUAUUCUGCUGACCUUCCGACCUUGCCCUCUGACCUCCAGGGGGAGACUUUCUCCCACGUCUUCGGAACGAAAACAUCCAGCCUGGAGUUAUUGCUGCUCAACAGAAAGAUGAAAGGCCCGGCCUGGCUGGACCUCAAGUGUCCCCAAAUGCCCAAGCCUCCCACCAGUUGGUGCAAACUCGAGGCAAUGGUCUUGAAACCAGAGCAUGUGUCAGUGAGUGACGUCACUUUACCCCCGCCACCUCUCACCGUGAUGACCUUGAACUUGAGGACUCUCCCGAACCCCAAGACGAGGCAGAAUGAGAUUGUGGCUGCCGCGUGUCUGGUGCACACAGACUUCCACAUGGACAGACCGGCGCCCAAACAAUUCUUCCAGCAGCAUUUCUGUGUGAUAUCCAAACCAGACGACUGUAUAUUUCCCUUUGACUUCAGAGAUCAAGUCAAGAAGCAGGCGUCCCGCAUGAAGGUGGAGAUAAUGCCGUCGGAGAGAGGCCUGAUUGCUUGUCUUCUGGCCAAGAUCCAGAAGGCAGACCCGGACCUACUAGUGGGUCAUGACAUUUAUGGAUUUGACCUUGACCUGCUCUUGCACAGAAUAACUGUGAACAAAAUUCCUCACUGGUCCAGAAUCAGUCGGUUGAAGAGAACCAGAAUGCCCAAGAUUACACACAACCACGGCAGGGCAACGUUUGCGGAAAAGUCGGCCGUGUGUGGGCGGAUGAUGUGCGACGUCCAGAUCUCUGCGCGGGAACUGAUCCGUUGCCGUAGCUACGACCUCACAGAGCUAUCCAGUCAGGUGCUGAAGCACGCCCGGGCCGAGGUGGACUACGACAAAGUGCGGGAAAUGUACUCGAGCAGCAAACAGUUGCUGCAGCUGGUGGAGCUGACCUUGAUGGACUCGACCUUGACCCUGCGCAUCAUGUAUGAGCUGAAUGUCAUCCCUCUAGCGCUGCAGAUCACCAAAGUCUGCGGAAAUGUCAUGUCUCGCACGCUGAUGGGCGGCCGGUCGGAGAGGAAUGAGUGGCUGCUGCUUCAUGCGUUCUUGGAGAAACAGUACAUCUGUCCCGACAAGGAGUUCAAGAAGAAACAGGUCGCCGCUGUGGUGGGAGACGAUGAGGAUGAGGUUGACCAAUCAACGUCCAAGGCCGGUCAGGGCAAGAGGAAGCCAGCGUAUGCAGGGGGUCUGGUGCUUGAACCCAAGAAAGGUUUCUACGACACGUACAUCCUGUUGCUGGACUUCAACUCUCUGUACCCGUCCAUCAUUCAGGAGUACAACAUCUGCUUCACCACCAUCUCCCGCACCGAGGCUGCCGCUCAGUCGGAGGACCCCGAUGAGGAGGUGGAGCUAAUUCUCCCAGACUCUGACCUUGAACCCGGCGUUCUGCCCACGGAGAUCAGAAAGUUGGUGGACAGUCGGAAACAGGUGAAGAAUCUGAUGAAGGGCAGUGAUGUGAGCGCAGACCAGAUGAUGCAGUACGACAUCCGUCAGAAGGCUCUCAAACUGACGGCCAACUCCAUGUACGGCUGCCUGGGCUUCUCCUUCUCCCGGUUCUACGCCAAGCAGCUGGCCGCGCUCGUCACGGGGAAGGGGAGAGAGAUUCUCAUGAAAACGAAAGACCUUGUCCAAGGAAUGAACUUGGACGUGAUCUACGGCGACACAGACUCCAUCAUGAUCAACACCAACAGCACCGACUUCGACCAGGUCUUCAAGCUAGGCAAUAAGGUGAAGAGCGAGGUGAACAAGCUGUACCGCCUCCUGGAGAUCGACAUCGACGGCGUCUUCCAGUCCAUGCUGCUUUUGAAGAAGAAGAAGUACGCGGCCUUGAGCAUCUCUCGCGGGCCGGACGGCAAGGUGACCAGCUCCCAGGAGCUCAAAGGGCUGGACAUUGUGCGCAGGGACUGGUGUGACCUGGCUAAAGAGGCCGGAAAGUAUGUUGUGGAUCAAAUUCUCUCCGGGAAGAACCGAGAGACCAUCUUGGAGAACAUCCACGCGAAGCUGACGACGGUCGGGGAAGACGUGACGGCCGGGAAGGUGGCUCAGACGCUGUUCUACAUCUCCAAGCAACUGACCAAAAACCCAGAAGACUAUCCGGACAAAAAGAGCUUGCCCCACGUCCAGGUGGCGAUGAGAUACAACUCCAAGGGAGGGAAAAAGAUGCGGGCCGGAGACACGGUGCCCUACAUCAUCUGUGAGGACGGCUCCACUCUGUCGGCCACGCAGCGAGCGUAUCACCCAGAGGAACUCUCUCGUCAGGACAACCUCAAGAUUGACACCAAGUAUUACCUGGCCCACCAGAUCCACCCAGUCGUGUGUCGGUUGUGUGACCCCAUCGAGGGGACCGACUCCGCACGCAUCGCAGAAUGUCUCGGCCUGGACCCGUCAGGCUACCGUCAGGUGCUGCGUCAGAACGAGGGCGAGGAGGAGGAGGAUCUGGUGACCAUGCAGCUGACCAUGGAAGAGAGGUUCCGCGACUGCGACCGCUUCACCUUCCCCUGCCCCGCCCCCGGCUGCGGCCGCCAGAUUGUCAUGGACUCUGCGUUUACGGGACAUGAUUCGUCGGUGAGUCCCACCCUCCAGGCCUGUCCGAACCCAGACUGCAACCACCCACUAUGGAAGGCGAAGAACCAGCUGAAGAAUUUGCUACAGCUCAAGAUUCAGAAACACAUCAAUAGAUAUUAUCAGGGCUGGCUGAAGUGCGACGACUCCGUAUGUGGGUCAAGAACAAACAAAGUGCCGCUCAUCAUGCAGCGGGGUCGGCCGGUGUGUGCCGCCUGCGACAGGGGCUUCCUUCAGCCAGAGUACACAGACUCGGUUCUCUACACCCAGCUCUGCUUCUACGACUACAUGUUUGACGUGCAGAAAGCCAGUCUGUACAUGACAGACGCUGAGAAAGCCACAACACGGAAGUUGAACCCCGGUCUUCUGGACGCCUACCGCGACCUCCGACAGUUGACCUCUGCCUGGCUGUCCCGCAGCGCCUACUCCAACGUGGACCUGGGCCGUUUGUUCCACGGGCUCGGCCUGACAACCCAGGUCAAGGUCAAGCAAGAACGGGAGAUUUAAUAACAACAAUAAUAAUAAUGAUAAUAAAACAGAUCAUUUCUAUAGCGCCUACUCCCAUGCAAUACAGCUCUCGGCACUUUCACGAUAUUUUCAUCUCAUCAUAAAACACAAGUGGAUGAAUAUACAUUCAUACACUUUUUAGGUCAACGCUAACACAUAUAAGCAAACAUUCAUCAUACUAUCCCAGCACAAUGGACAUGGACAACGAUAUACACAUCAUAUUUUGAAUGUGAGAGAAACACACAGAUGAUUAAUGGCGUAGGAUUUACCCACAAUUCAGGGUUUUCAUCUGUCGAUGACAGACAAAAAAAAUCCUGAAGUUUUUCCUUUCCAAUUCUACUUUUGGGAGGGCGGGGGGUUAUUAAAAAGAAUUUUGUUUGUUUGUUCUAGAUUCAAGUUUAAGUACUCACCAGUCGUAAGUAAACACCAAACCAAUUUGCCAGCACCUAGACAAGAAAGCUUUAUCUUAUCCAUCUUAUCAUAUCUUUCUUGUGAUCCAUAAGGGGAGGCCUGGGACACAUGUGUCUGUGGAUGAUCUAUCGUCUCAACCCUUCUUGGGGUCUGAGGGUAGCAGAAAAUAAGCAAUUAUUUUGUGACUUUUGUUCUUAUAUAGAUUGAGAUUAUUUCCUUUGGAGAUGGACAUUAAACUCUGAGGUCCCACCUCUUAAAUAACCUAAUAGUGUUGAUAGGGACGUUAAACCUAUUCCAUUUCACCAUUUAUCAUUGCAGAUUAUUUAUUUGCCUACUGUAUUGAAUAAUUUUUAUAUAAGUCGUACUUAACAGUUAUUUGUCACACUCUCAUAUUAUGACCUUAUGAUGUUACGAAUACCAUAAAACUCUUUUCUUUAACAAAUCAAAAAUUAUUUGUCGCUGUCAACGUUUGAUGGAUGGCAGUAGUAUAAAGAGUUUAUUUUCAUUCCCUGUAUUCUCAAUGUGUGACUUUGGCUUGUGUGUGUGUGUGUGUAUUGUCACCUCAUGUGUUCACUGUACAGAAUAUCUUUUUGCAUGAUUUAACCCAAGUGAGUACCAUAUUGCACACACACACGCACACAUGAAUAUUUCUAAUGCCUGUUUUGUCAUGAACUUGGAAUUUCUGUGUGAACCCUUUCUAUAUGCUUGGCUGGGUGGGAGGUUUGUGGUUAUAGUGGUGUUGUUUGCUCCUUCUUUCCAAUGAAACAUCUAUUGUCCCUAUCUCUGCUCCUUCUUUCCAAUGAAACA